AUGCUGGUCGCUCGCCUUAGGUUCUAUUUGCUUCCCAGGAUCAGUACUCGCCAAUACGGCUUUAUGCCGCAAAGGAGCACAGAGGACUCCCUCUACACCAUGGUGCAACACAUCCGCAAGAAGUUGACACAAAAGAAAAUUGUUACUCUUGUGUCACUAGACAUAGAGGGAGCCUUUGACAGUGCGUGGUGGCCUGCCAUCAAAGUCCGAUUGGCUGAGGAAAAGUGCCCUGUAAACUUGAGACGAGUGGUCAGUAGUUACCUCAGUGACAGGACUGUUAGCGUGAGGUACUUGGGUGAGGAGUGCAAAAAAUCGACGAGCAAGGGUUGCGUCCAGGGAUCCAUUGCGGGUCCACUCUUCUGGAACCUCCUACUGGACCCCCUCUUGAAGGAGCUCGACACUGGGGGCAACUACUGCCAAGCAUUCGCCGACGACGUUGUCCUGAUUUUCGACGGCGAAACGGCGGCAGAGAUAGAGGGACGAGCCAAUGCCGCUCUCGAACAUGUUCGAGCAUGGGGUGUCAGAAACAAGCUAAAAUUCGCACCGCACAAAACCUGCGCAAUGGUCUUAACACGAAAGCUAAAGUAUGACACUCCGCGCUUGAGCAUGGGGGGGAUCGACAUUGGAACGUCCCGCGACGUCAAAAUAUUAGGCCUCACAAUCGACGACAAACUCACCUUCAACAAACACAUAGCUAUCGCUUGUAAAAAGGCGAUAGCUAUGUACAAACAACUGGCCAGGGCAGCUCGAGCUAGUUGGGGUCUACAGCCGGAAAUCAUCAGGACCAUCUACACGGCAGCAGUAGAGCCCACGAUACUGUACGCAGCGAGUGCAUGGGCGCCAGCCGCAAACAAAUUAGGGGUCCAAAAACAGCUUAACGUGGUCCAAAGAGGGUUUGCGCAAAAGUUGUGCAAAGCCUACCGCACGGUCUCCCUAAACUCGGCACUGUUGCUCGCUGGGAUACUCCCUCUAGACAUUCGGAUAAGGGAAGCUGCUUCACUUUACGAAGCGAAGGGGGGAGUGCCCCAGCCAACACUGGGAGAUAGGGAGAUCGAGCGGAUGGCCUCAGCCCUUGAAGCCCCUCACCCCGCAGAAUUGGUGACACUGCAGUACGACAGCAUAGUGGACGACGAAGAGUACAGAAACCGGAGGGAGGAGUUUGCUGUGCGUAUUUUUACCGACGGCAGUAAGAUACAGGGCAAGGUCGGCGCGGCGCUAUCUUUGUGGGAUAGUACCACCGAAACAAAGGCUCUCAAACUUACCUUGCCGUCAUACUGCACCGUCUACCAGGCUGAAUUGUUGGCGCUGCAGAAAGCGGCAACUGAAGCGCUCAAACGCCGGGAAAACACAUUCGGCAUCUUCAGCGACUCUAUGGCGGCCCUGCAGACAGUCGCUAACGUCAGUGCCCCCCAUCCUCUAGCAGUGGAAACAAGGGACACCAUACGCCGCUGCAAGCUCCAGAACAAGAGUGUCUCCUUGUUCUGGAUAAAGGCCCACGCAGGAUUGGAGGGCAAUGAGCGAGCUGAUCAACUCGCAAAGGAAGCCGCCCUGAAGUCGAAGAAGAAGCCGGACUACGACCUAUGCCCCAUCUCAUUCGUCAAGCGGCAGAUACGUAUGAGGUCGCUUGACGAAUGGAAUGGGAAAUAUAAAGCCGGAGAAACAGCCUCCGGCACUAAACUGUUUUUCCCCGACGCAAUAUCCGCGUACGGUAUCGUGAGGAAAAUUGACCUCACGUACAUUAGGACACAAAUCUUCACUGGGCACGGUGGAUUCUCCUCAUAUCUGACACGAUUUAAAUGUAAGGAGAAUUCAUCGUGCGCCUGUGAACCUGGAGUCGAGGAAACCGUUGCCCACAUCCUCCUGGAGUGCCCAAUUACAGAGAGAGCACGUUUUGAGACGGAGCAAGAGUUAACAAUGAGCCUUACAGCAACAAACCUCCCAUUUCUAAUGAGAGAUAAAAAAGACCGGCCGAAAUUUUUAGAUUAUUGCGAAAAAAUAGUUAGUUUAGUAAUAAGUAGAAAUAAGUUGUAA